UACAGGUUGUCCACCUGUACUGCUUGCUCUGACUGUAUCGGCAGCCACACUGCUCGCACCGUCUUUUCAAAGGAGCGGACUAAACGAAAACCUCCGAGUUGCCUCGACUCACGUUCCCCAAAACUCCGCCCUCGCAUUUAUGUCAAGAAACAUUUAACUCGAGUCGUCGUCACAGCUCCAAAAAACACCGGGGAAUAUAGACAAUUCAAGUGAAGCGGCGACCGCCACGUAGGCUACAGUGUGGGGAAAAGGAGUUUACCUGUUGUUGUAAAACAUGUUAGACCCGUCCUCCAGCGAAGACUCGGGUGGAGAAAUUGACGAGGACACUGAAGUUCCAAAAGACUCCCCAAAAAAGCCUUCGACUUCCUCGGGGCAAGGUGGUAAACAUAAACGACCACCUGCGGACCAACCACAAGCCGAAAGUCCUUCUGCCGGAGACGAGCAGAAAAAUGAGAAAGAAAGACUUCAGAAAGAGGAAGCUGAGCGGAAAAGUAAACUACAGAUUUAUGUAUUUGUGUUGCGAUGUAUAGCAUACCCUUUCAAUGCCAAACAACCCACGGAUAUGGCACGCAGGCAACAGAAGCUUAAUAAGCAGCAGCUGCAGGCGGUGAAGGAUCACUUCCUGGCCUUCCUGAACGGGGAGACACAUAUCGUGGCGGACGAGGCCUUCUGCAAUGCUGUGCGAAGCUACUACGAGGGUUUUCUGAACAGUGAGCGGGUAUCCAGGAUGGUGCAGAGUGGCGGCUGCUCGGCCUGCGACUUCCGUGACGUCUUCAAGAAGAACAUUGAGCGCCGGGUGCGCAGCUUGCCCGAGAUCGACGGCCUGAGCAAAGAGACAGUGCUGAGCUCCUGGAUCGCUAAGUACGACGCCAUCUACAGGGGGGAUGAGGACCUACGACGCCAGCCCCAGAGGAUGCACCUCAGUGCCGUGUCCGAGUUGAUACUCAGUAAGGAGCAGCUUUACGAGAUGUUCCAGCUGAUUCUGGGCAUCAAGAAGUUUGAGCACCAGCUGCUGUACAAUGCCUGUCAGCUGGACAAUGUGGACGAGCAGGCAGCCCAGAUCCGCCGGGAGCUGGAUGGACGACAACAGCUGGCAGAGAGGGUAGCCAAGGAGAGAAAGUACCCCAAGUUUGUGUCCAAAGACAUGGAGGCCAUGUACAUCGAGGAGCUGCGCUCAUCUGUCAACCUGCUCAUGGCCAACCUGGAGAGCCUACCUGUGGCUAAGGGAGGUCCCGACUUCAAACAGAAGCUCAAACGCUCCACCAUGAACAACUCCUUCCUGGACAUGGGCGAGGAGACCGAAUUCCUCUCCAAGUCUGAUGUAGUCCUCUCCUUCACACUGGAGAUAGUGAUAGUGGAAGUGCAGGGCCUGAAGUCUGUGGCUCCUAACAGGAUUGUGUACUGCACCAUGGAGGUGGAGGGGGGGGAGAAACUGCAGACAGACCAGGCGGAAGCCUCCAGACCACAGUGGGGCACUCAGGGGGACUUCAUGACGACGCACCCGUUACCAAUGGUCAAAGUCAAGCUGUUCACAGAGAGCACAGGGGUACUAGCUCUGGAAGACAAGGAGCUGGGACGGGUGAUCCUGAACCCCACCACCAACGGACCCAAGCAGGCUGAGCUUCACAAGAUGGUGGUGUCAAAGAGCAGUCAGGACUCAGAGCUGAAGAUCAAACUAGCCGUCCGCAUGGACAAACCCCCCAACAUGAAGCACAGCGGGUACCUUUAUGCUUUGGGACAGAGAGUUUGGAAACGUUGGAAAAGAAGAUAUUUGGUUCUUGUCCAGGUCAGCCAAUACACCUUUGCAAUGUGCAGCUACAGAGAGAAGAAGUCUGAGCCCCAUGAACUGAUGCAGCUAGAAGGCUAUACUGUGGACUACUCCGACCCCCAGCCUGGUCUCCAGGGCGGUCAAGUCUUCUUCAGUGCUGUCAAGGAGGGUGACCUGGUUGUGUUUGCCAGUGAUGACGAGCAGGACCGGAUGCUGUGGGUUCAGGCCAUAUACCGCGCCACGGGCCAGUCAUACAAACCAGUUCCACCCACCCAGAUCCAGAGACAGAACUGCAGAGGAGGGAACCCCCAGCCAGACGCACCAAUCUCACUGCUCAGUCUGGAUCGCUCUCAGAGGCAGGGGGUAGAGGAUCUGAUCUCUGCGGUGCCCUGUCGUUUCGACCACGCCGCCUUGUUCCCCAUGCUGCAGAAACGGACCCUACAGCACCGGAUGAAUGACUCCUUCUCCUGCCUGGGAUGGUUCAGUCCAGGUCAGGUGUUUGUGCUGGAUGAGUACUGCGCCCGCUACGGUGUGAGGGGCUGCCACCGCCACCUCAGCUACCUCCGGGACCUGAUGGACUACUCUGAGAACAACACCCUGGUCGACCCCACCCUUCUACAUUACAGCUAUGCCUUCUGUGCCUCCCACAUCCAUGGCAAUAGGCCGGAUGGAAUAGGCACAGUCACUGAGGAAGAGAGAGAACAGUUUGAGGACAUAAGAAGCCGUCUCCUGAGUCUAUUGGACAACCAGAUCAUCCAUUUUAGGUACUGUUUCCCCUUUGGCCGACCAGAUGGUGCCCUCAAAGCGACGCUCUCCCUGCUAGAAAGGGUUUUGAUGAAGGACAUUACCACUCCGGUUCCUCCUGAGGAGAUGAAGAAGAUGGUCAAAAAAUGUCUGGAGAAAGCUGCCCUUAUCAACUACUCCCAGCUGACCCAAUACGCUCAGAUCGAGGCUGAUGCUCAGGCUGCCCCGGAGAAGAGAUUGGAGGACAUGAUGCGACUGGGAGAACUUUGUAUUGAGGUCCUGCAGCAGAAUGAUGAGCACCAUUCCGAGGCAUUCUCGUGGUGGCCGGAGAUGAUGGCGGAGCAUGCAGAGACCUUCCUGUCUCUCUACACCGUCGACAUGGAUGGUGCUCUACAAGUCCAGCCCGUUGACUCAUGGGAUAGCUUUCCCUUAUUCCAGCUGCUUAACAACUUCCUGCGUUGUGACCCUCACCUGUGCAAUGGCAUGUUCCACAAACACCUGCAGGACCUGUUCAUCCCGCUGGUGGUGCGCUACAUAGACCUUAUGGAAUCCUCCAUCGCCCAGUCCAUCCACCGCGGCUUCGAGCAGGAAACCUGGCAGUCCGUCAAGACAAUAACCAACAACCUACCGAGCGUGCCUCUGCCCAAAGUCAAUCUCCCACAGAUGCCGCGCUUCUCAGCACCCUCCUGGAUGGGCCCGCUGUGUGACAGCACGUGUGUAUGGGCUGCCGCAAGACCUAGUGGGGCACUGUGGCAUGGACUGUGCUGUGGUUGUCUUGUUAUUGUCAAACUUCUCCAAUUCAAGAACACUAUUUCGCAUUCUAUUACUUCCCUUUGCCAAUGUAACGGCUCAGCAACCUCAGAGGACCUCUUCUGGAAGUUGGAUGCCCUCCAGAUGUUUGUCCUGGACCUGCACUGGCCCGAGCCAGAGUUUGCCAAACACCUGGAGCAGAGGCUGAAGCUCAUGGCCAGCGACAUGAUGGAGGCUUGCGUCAAAAGAACGAAAGCCGCCUUCGACUCCAAGAUGCAGAAGGCCAGCAAGUCAACGGACUUCCGGGUGUCGCUGUCGGUGUGCACCAUGUUCAACAUGCUAAUGGACGCCAAGAAGCAGUGUGCCAAACUCUGUGUGCUGGACUCCGAUCAAGAGAUUGACAAACAAUGGCAACAGUACCAUUCAAAAAUCGAUGUCCUGAUCGAUGAUGCGUUUAAAGACAUGAUUUCCUCCAUGGUCACAAAGUUUGCUGGAGUUUUAGACGGUGUUCUCGCCAAACUCUCCAGAUAUGACGAAGGGACAUUCUUUUCCUCUAUCCUAUCUUUCACGGUGAAAGCAGCUGCCAAGUAUGUGGAUGUGCCUAAGCCAGGGAUGGACCUGGCUGAUACCUAUAUAACGUUUGUGCGGCAGAACCAGGACAUUCUGCGAGAUCGCGUCAACGAGGAGAUGUACAUUGAGAAGCUGUUUGACCAAUGGUACACCAGCUCCAUGAAGGGGGUGUGUGCGUGGCUGACAGACAGACUGGACCUUCAGCUCCACAUGUACCAGCUGAAAACACUCAUCAAGAUUGUCAAGAAGACCUACCGAGACUUCCGGCUCCAAGGAGUCCUGGAUGGAACCCUGAACAACAAGAGCUAUGAGACCGUCUACAACCGCCUCACCGUAGAGGAGGCCACCAUGGCGGUCAAGGCCGGCGACGGUCUCCAAGGCAUCACCAUGAGGGACAGUGAUGAGGAGGAUGGGUGAACCUCUCCCUAUAGCGCCAAGUCUGGUGGCCCUCGCAUAUAGACUGAAAUGGGAAGUGUGCAUGUAGGUGUACAGGAGAUGGGAGGGGUGGAGAUUACGUGUGUGUGUGUGUGUGUGUGUGCAACAGAAGGAGAUGGAGGGCUUGUAGAACACACACUUAAGUCUAUGAUGAAAACAUCCAUCGUUGUGAUCCCCCCUCCCCCACUUACUCCAGUAGUGGCUACCUUCACAGCCAUAAUGAUAAUGAUGUCAGUACAGCUCAGUGGUCGCCAACUGGUAGCCUUCAGUGCAGUUUCCGUUUGUUUAUUUAAUUUGUUUGUUGGUUUCUUUGUACUUUAUUUUAAUAGUGAUGUAGAUCAAGAAAAAAGAAACAAGUUGUGUUCUUAUGGUUACCUAGAUACAAUCAUGCCAAUUGAAACAGGUUUCAGAGGUCUCGCCAAUUGCAGGUCCAUUCUGUGGUAAAUGUACAAAGUGCAUUGUGAGGACAUGAGUACAUUUCAGGGUGCUUAUGAGGACAUUGAGGUUGUUCUUACAUAAUCACCCUGAAAGAGCGAUGAUACAGCCAAUAUACAUAUAUUUAUGCUCUACUGUAUGAAUGUAAUUCAUUGGCUAAAGUGCUACAUUGUCAUUUAAUGUAUUUAGGCUAUGCUUGAGUGUGUUAUCCUUCACAAGAGUUGGACACAAUAUACAUUCAAAGCUGUGUCCAAUAGGCUAAAGCUGAUUGAUAGAGUGAAUUAUGUUUUGAAUCUGAAUUGAUGUCUUAACUGUAAUAUUUCAAUGAGUUUGUGGAGUUCAAAGACAAAACGAAUGGGCAACAAUAUAGGAAAUAUAUUUCUAUUGUCUUCUGUGCACCUGUUUUUAUUCAGGUGUGAAUGUUCUAAGUGUUAGAAUUAAAGUGUUUUUAAAGCAA